GUCAGAUCACCUGUUUCUGAGUGAUGAAAGCCAGGUGCAUACUGGGUUAUUCAAAGGAAGGUCCCCUUCUCCUGAACCAUGGCCCAAUGACCGAACCGCCGAGGCUACCGUGGCAGGCAUGGUAGCUGUCACUGUGGUGUGAUUUCUCGCUCGCACACGGUCCUCUCUGUAAUAGACGAUGCUUGAUGAUUUGUAUCGCAGUAGACAGGCAUGGCGACAGCUCAACCACGUCUCCGGAGCUCAGUGGAUGGUGGGCUGCAGGUGGAGAUGGCCAGCUGUUUUCCCCGCGGAAGCUCCUGCCUAUAAAGACCGGUCACGCCCCUCCCCCUCCAAAUCCAGUCUCAGUUUCUCCUUCUUUCCCCCUCUUCCUUCCUACUCUUCUGUUUCUCGUAUUCAACCACCAUCAUGGGUUCAUCCUCUCUCCACACGUUCUUCUACAAGCAAGAACAUGCUCAAUCACAGAAACCCCACCCCGCCGAGCUUCUCAUCGACAAUGAAUUCCGUCCGUCCGCCACCCAGUCCUGGAUCGAUGUCCACGACCCGGCAACGAACCGUGUCGUCUCUCAGACCCCGGAAUCGACCCCCGAGGAGUUAAAAGCGGCAGUUGACUCUGCCAAGAAGGCAUACUCCGGAUGGAGCGAGACCAGCGUCAUGAAGCGCCAGCAGGUCAUCUUUAAGCUCACCAACCUGAUCCGCGACCACAUGGACUUUCUCGCCACCGCGAUCGUAAGCGAACAGGGCAAGACUUUCGCCGACGCCAAGGGCGAUGUCCUGCGAGGCCUGCAGGUCUGCGAGACUGCCUGCGGCAUCACCACACAGCUUCAGGGCGAGGUCCUUGAAGUCGCCAAGGAUAUGGAGACGCGAUCGUACCGCCUGCCUCUGGGUGUGGUGGCUGCGAUCUGUCCGUUCAACUUCCCCGCCAUGAUUCCCCUGUGGAGUUUGCCUAUCGCUGUCGUAACGGGAAAUUGCCUGAUCUUGAAACCUACUGAGCGCGCUCCGGCUGCCGCCAUGAUUAUCGCCGAGCUUUGUGCAAAGGCAGGUUUCCCGCCGGGUGUGAUCAACGUGAUCCAUGGAUCAAAGCCCGCCGUUGACUUCCUCCUCGACGAGCCGGCGAUCAAAGCGAUCUCAUUUGUUGGGUCGAACAAGGUCGGCGAAUACAUCUAUAACCGUGGGGUGGCGAACGGAAAGCGUGUUCAGGCAAACCUCGGCGCCAAAAACCACGCGGCUUUGUUGCCCGACAGCAACAAGCAUCACGCAAUCAACGCCAUUACGGGAGCGGCGUUCGGAGCUGCAGGGCAGCGCUGCAUGGCGCUGAGUGUUUUGGUCUCUGUCGGUGCGGCCAAAGAGUGGCUUCCGGAUCUAAUUGCCAAGGCCAAAGAAUAUCGGGCCGGCAGCGGGUUCAACGAGAAGUCGGAUUUGGGGCCGUUGAUCACUCCCCAGAGUCGCGAUCGCUGCGAGGCAUUGAUUGCCAGCGCCGAAAAAGAGGGAGCCAAGAUUGCCUUAGAUGGUCGGGGUUGGAAGCCCGAGGGCUUCCCUGACGGCAACUGGGUCGGUCCUACCGUUAUUACCGGCGUGAAGCCGCACAUGCAAUGCUACACGGAAGAAAUCUUCGGUCCGGUAUUGCUCUGCGUUGAUGUCGAUACGCUCGAUGACGCGAUCAGCAUGAUCAACGCCAACGACUGGGGUAACGGAGCUGUUAUCUUCACGCAGUCCGGAUCUAGCGCAUCCCAUUUCCAGAAGAAGAUCGAAGCCGGCCAGAUGGGCAUCAACGUGCCCAUUCCGGUGCCCCUCCCGAUGUUCUCGUUCACCGGAAACAAGCGGAGUGUGGCAGGAACCGGACUGGCGAACUUCUACGGCAAGGACGGAUUGAGGUUCUAUACGCAGUGGAAGACUGUGACGUCGCUGUGGAGAUCGGAGGAUGCGCAUGCUUCUCAGAAGCCAAGCUUCAUGGUUUAAUACCUCACAUUUUCUACGCAGUAUAUUAAUAAUCAAAAGGGGGUUGAAUGAUCAUGUUGAGGAAGUAUGAGAUCGAACUAUUUAGUUCUGUUUAUCGUGCC